CUUGCGGAAGCCGCUCUGCUGUUCAGUUGCCAAGAUGGUGCAGUUGUACAACCUGCACCCCUUUGGGUCGCAGCGGGUAGUCCCCUGCCAGCGGGAGCCGGAGCAGAUCUGCUGCGGCGGGCUGGACGCGCUGUUCGUGGCUUCGGGCUGCAAGGUGGAGGCGUUCGCUGUGCGGGGAGCAGAGUCAUGCCAGCUGCGCUGCGCCUUCUCCACGCUGGGCAGGGUGUUGCGUAUGGCCUACAGUGAAGUAGGAGACUAUCUGGUAGCAAUUGAAGAGAAAAACAAAGCUACAUUCCUGCGUGCUUACAUGAAUUGGAGGAGUAAGAGGACUGAAAACUCCCGUGUCUGCAUUCGAAUGGUUGGGCACAAUGUGGAGGCGCCCUUCUGUGAAAGCUUUAGAGACCAGAUGUCUAUAAUUGAAAUUCCACUGUCUGAGGACCCUUUGUGCAUUUCAUGUUGUCCUAUGAAGGGAGAUCUACUUGUUGGCUGCACAAAUAAGUUAGUCUUAUUUACUUUGAAGUAUUGGAUCAUUAAUGAGGAGUUCUCAGUGUCGGACUUUGAACGUUCAUUAAUUAUACACGUAGAUAAUAUCACUCCUGUUGAAAUUUCUGUUUGUGUUGGAUAUGUCGCUGUCAUGUCUGACUUAGAAGUCUUAAUCCUGAAACUGGAGUCAGACCCUACAAAUGGAGAGAAAGUUAAACACCACCCACAAAAAACCAACAACCAAUUGCAACAGACAGAAGAUGUCAGUAAUGAAACUUCACAGCUUGAAUCAGAUUUUGUUAUCUGCCUAAAACCCAUGGAGCUUCUUGGUGAAAAGUGUGAACAGUCUGGAAUAUCUGUUAAACUGGAGUCCACAGGAUUAGCAGAUGAAAAAGCAAAAUAUUUAAAUGUUCAGCACCUGCUAUAUAGACGUUUUGCUCCUGAUAUUUCAUUCUAUGUCUUGUCUGAUAACAUCAAGUUACAUUCCCUUCAACUGCUACCUAUUCACCAAACAGGUUUACCUCCUGAUGGAAAAGGUUCAUCUCAGGAAAAAGAGCUGCUGAGUCUCUUCUGUUUCUUCUCAUUCCCUCAUGUGGGCUAUCUGUACAUGGUUGUGGAAUCUGUUGCGUUAUUGUCAGUCUAUUGGUACCCUGAGAAGGCUCAGCAAGCAGUUCUCACGCCACAGUUUCUGCACGUCAUCACAAGCCAAAGCCUUCAGUGUUUCACGGUGCGUUGCAGUGCAGCAGUGGCCCAGGAGGACCUGCGUGUGGAUACCACAUUGAAGGCUUGCCCACCUGUCAGUAUGGAUGUGUGUGCCCUAAGGAUACAGCUUUUCAUAGGACUGAAAGCCAUCUGCCAUUUUAAAAACCACAUCAUACUUCUGACCAAGGCAGACCCUGAAGCUGUUUCAGAGAAAAGAGAAUCACCCAAGAGACUUCUAAAAGAUGCCAGUGUUAGGAGAAGAAUCUCCCCCGUAGCUGAGGCCGGAUGGAACCUGUAUAUUGUGAAUACUAUUGCACCACUUCAGCUAUACAAAGAAAUGGUAGACUACAGUAACACCUACAAGACUGUGAAAACCCAGAGCUGUAUCCACUUGCUUAGUGAGGCUCAUCUGCUAGUGAGAGCUGCCCUGAUGGAGAGCAGUCGACUGGAGCCUGCAGAGAAAGCAGAGCUCUUAGAAGCUUUUAAGGAAAGCUGUGGGCAUCUUGGAGACUGUUACAGCAGGCUUGACACGGAGCAAUCCCACCUCGCCUUGCCAUACUAUAAGAUGUCUGGAUUGUCUCUGUCUGAAGUUUUGGCCCGUGUGGACUGGACAGAAGACAGUGAAUCACAGAAAUAUGAGAGAGGAUUAAUAUUCUAUAUUAACCAUUCACUUUAUGAAAACCUGGGUGAAGAAUUAAAUGCAGAAGUAGCAGCAAAAGUGGCUCAGAUAUUUCAUGUGGCUGAGCCAAAGCAACUGCCUCAUGUCCUCUGUAGUCCCUCUAUGAAGAAUAUUGAUCCUUCAACUGCCUUGCAUUAUUUAAAGAAGCUGGAUACUCAUGAAUCUUCAACAGUCUUAGUGACCUUGACCAAGGCAGCAGUGGCCUUGAAAAUGGGAGAUCUUGACCUGUACAGGACUGAAGUGAAGAGCCAUUCAGAGGUGAAGCUGCUGUACGGCUUCAUUCUGGAACCUCGGCUGUUGAUUCAACACUGGAAAGGACAGAUUGUUCCUACUGAGCUUGCAAUUCACUUGAAGGAAACUCAGCCUGGAUUGCUUCUGGCUUCAGUCCUGGGCUUACAGAAAAAUGGUAAAAUUGGAAUUGAAGAAGCAGAUUCUUUUUUUAAGGUCCUGUGUGGAAAGGAUGAAGACACAAUUCCUCAGCUUUUGGUAGACUUCUGGGAGGCUCAGCUUGUAGCUUGUCUCCCCAACAUGGUUCUUCAGGACCUCUUCUUCAAGCUUACUACUCAGUACAUCUGGAGGAUAUCUAGGAGGCAAUGCCCUGAUACCAUACCACUGAGAACAGCAGAGGAUUUGAUAAAUGCCUGCAGUCAUUUUGGCUUAGUCUAUCCAUGGGUUCAUGUCUUAACAUCAUCUGAUUCCUUAGCCGAUAAAAAUUACACAGAAGACCUUUUGAAAUUACAGUCUCUCAUUUGUGGCCCUUCAUUUGACGUAAGUUCCAUUAUUCCAUUUCUGGAGCUGCUCUCAGAAGAUACUGUUGCUGGCCUCAGUGCUCAUGUUCUGUGCCAUACAAGAUUACAAGAGUAUGAACAAUGCAUAGACACGUUGCUAGAGAGAUGCCCGGAGGCAGUCAUUGCAUAUGCUAAUCAGGAACUGAGAGAAGAACAUUGGGUUCUGUGGUGGAAAAAACUGCUGCCGGAUCUCUGUCAGAAAGUCAAGUGUGGUGGAGAGAAGCACCAACUUUAUCUAUCGUCUUUAAAAGAAGCCUUGUCAGUUAUUGCUGUGGGACUGGAUCUGAGGGAUUUCUUGAAUGUUCUUCCAGAAGAUGGUGCUGCCGCAUUUUUCCUGCCCUACCUCCUGUUUUGCAGCCGGAAGAAGUCACUGCCUUGAAGUUAUUCUUUGCAGUGCAUAAUGACUCUACUUUAAGUGCUCAGUCCCAGAUAAAAUGAGCCCGAAGAGUUUUGUGUUAAUGUGUAUUGCAGCUGCUUUAUGUUACUUGCUUACCUUAAGAAUGGUAGCUGUUCACUUAAUCUAUAACCUGACCCAAUUAAUUGUCUAGAAUGUAAAAAAUCUUCAAGAUGUAAGAUCUCUUUACAUGUGUUUCGUUUUAUUUUUUAAUUUUUUACUCUCUAUCAUAUGUGGGCCUGGAACUCAGUAUGACUCUUGUGGUAACCUCAGUCUAAGCAAACCUCCCAAUUGUUCCAGGUAUGAAGUGUCAUGCAGGUGUUUUCAAAGCUGAACAAAGGGUCCUAUUGUGAGAAACACCAUGGAUUCAGUGUUGGGAGCAUGGCAAUCCUGUCCACCCCAGAAUAACAGGAAGAAAAUACAUCGCAAGUAUGAGUAUGUGCAAUUGCCUCUCUUGCUGUUCAAACAGUAUCCUCAUUGUUACGGAUUUUCCUACUUGGGCUAUUAUUUUGUUUUUUUCCCUAAGUAUGAGAAUGAUGUAAUGUUUCACUCCAGUGAAAGACUGCAUACUUGGCUUUUGAGCUACUUUUAAAACUCAUGCUUCUAUCAGAAUGAGAUGAAUGUACUUGUCUGGCUUUUACUGGUUGAGUUCACAUAUUUUCAAGCAAGGUCUUCUUUCUAAUAUAUUUAUAUAUACAUUCUUAUUCUUUCAACCACAGUAUAUGAGAAAAUAAAAACUAUCAUGAUG